AACAAUACGAGACGGGCAACAGUCUGUCGUCUCAUCCGUCCGAUGCUGGAUCCUCGAUCAUCUGUCCGUCGCUUUCACCAGAUUGUUCCCAUCUUCUUCCGCCCCUCCGGAUCCUUCUAACGGGCUUCCUUAUCGGAGGAGAAAGGGGAGCGUGAGAAGGCGAGAAAGAGAGAGACGAUGUGGUCUGCAAGGGAGGGCAAGGCGCCGCGGAGGAGCGAAUCGAUCCCCAACUCUAACGCUGCUGGAGCCGAGGCAACGGUGGUGGGCCCCUCCGCGUUCGCCGUCGACGGAGCCGAAGAGGACGAAUGCCUUCGCGCUUCGGCAUCUCUCUCCCGGGAGGAGGUGCUUCGCCGCCGCUCGCGCCGGUUGAAGCAACUGGCGUCAUUAUAUAGACGCCAAUAUUGGGCCCUAAUGGAGGAGGUCAGGGUAAAGCAUCGGGAUUACUACUGGGAGCACGGUGUUAGCCCCUUUGUGGAGGACGAGGAGAAGGAGGAAGGGGAGGAUAAGGAAGGAGCAACGGAGGAGAAUGGCGAGGAGACGGAGGUCGCGAGGGUAAGGCGUCGGGUUCAAUUAGGGUUUGACGAAGGGGAAGGUAUCGUGGGGAACAUAAGAGAGAGGAAGCGGUGUGCGUUUGCCGGAUGCAAGUCAAAAGCGAUGCCUUUGACGAGAUUUUGCCAUCCGCAUAUAUUGGCGGACAAGAAGCAGACGCUUUACAAGCCUUGUUCUUUCGUAACAAAGAGCUGUGGGCAUAGUGGACCCAUUACAUGUGGGAAGCCAGUUCUGAGAUCUUCUAUACCUUCUCUUUGCCACAUCCAUUUGCAGAAGUCUCAGAGGAGCAUAUCACAAGCUUUGAGAAAGGCUGGACUAAACAUAUACUCCACGAGCAAACCUGCUCCAAAGUUUAGUGUUUUAAUAGCCGAGUGUGUGCGUCAGAUUCAAGCCAGAAGAAGAGCAUUGGACUCUACUAUACUUACCAUGGAUCAGAAGGAUGAGAUUCAAUCGAGUUAUAUUUGAUUAGGAUGCAUAUCGUACCUGCUCCGUGGCCUGCAUUUGUUCCUAAGAACCCGUAUUGUUCUGAUCAGGAUAUAUUUGACAGAGAGAGACAACACUUCUGUUCUUCUUGGAGAUACAUCUUGGAUAUUACUGAAGGUAUGCUAACAAAUUUACCAAACAAUUUGUCUGCCUUCACUUGUAAAGGGUUAUCAUGUGAUCUCCACUGUUUGUGGAUAGAAUAAAGUUGUUCAUUUUAUUUAUCAAUGCUAAAGGCAUUUUGUUAUAUGCUGAAGGAUUGGAACUCAACUGGAGCAUGAUGUAAAUAGCUUGAGAUAUCAGUGUAGCUCACUUUAGUUAAGAUUUACAAAGCCUAACAA